AUGAUGAUUCCCUGCUAUAUCUUGCUGCUGCUUCUAAAGCUAGCAGGCACCUGGGCUGCUCAAGAGGGAGAAUGCAAUGAGGCCUGGAUUCCUGUGACUAAAGGACCAGAGCAGCUGGAGUCUAGAAAAGGAAACCUGUUGGCUGUACAAGAGAGAAAAGAUGCAAGGAGAGAUGGGCAUGCCCUGGGAAAACAAAUUCCCAACCUGAAGUGGAAGGAAGAAACCCAAACACUUGAGCCAAGGCCGCCUGAGGAUCUUGUAGGGGAGGACCACCAAAUUAAAGAAGGUCCCUCCUGGCAGCAGGGCCCUUGCCCCAGCAAUGGAGGCCCUCAGCAGUGGUGCGGCAGCUGGAUGGUGAAAUCCAGCUUGAUCUGUGUUUUGGGGCUGCUGGCCCUGGUGGGCAAUGGGACCAUUAUCACAGUCAUUGCCUCCUCUGUGUCCGGCUGGAGUCACAGCACUCGCCUGGUGCUGUUGUCCUUGGCUGCGGCCGAUACCGCCCUGGCAGUGCUGGUUGUGCCCCUCAACCUCUACCGUAGCUUGGUGGUGGGGCCGAUGGCAGAAGAAGGGGAGGCGUCGUCCUGCCGGGCGGUGGCCUUCAUCAACUGCUGCAUUUUUGGGGCUUCCCUCUACUCCUUGGCAGGUGUCUCCCUGGAGCGCUACGUGGCCAUUUUCUACCCUCUGCACUAUAGGCGCCUGCUGAGCCACAGGAGGGUGGUCCUCCUCAUCACCGCUGCCUGGCUCCUGCCGGCCCUUCUGCUGGUGCCGCUGGCCGUGCCGGGCCCAAGAGCCUUGCUCCAAGUUCGCUUCUCGGCCUCAGCCCUGCUGUGUGAGCCAGACUACGGCUCAAACACCACCUACUCCCUCUUCAUAGCAGGCACCAUUUUCUGCCCUGCUGCUGGGACCAUCACCUUUGCCAACCUGUGUCUGUGGCGGGCAGCCCGCUCCCAGUGCCAGCGUGGGAAAGGUGGCAGGGCCCUUCCAGCGAAAGAGGCAGGGCUGAAGAUGCGCUGUGUGCUGCCGUUGGAUGCUGCAGCCCGCAUCCUCCUGCCUGUCGUCAUCGCCUUCUAUGUCUGCUGGGUGCCCUGCAUCGUCACCAUGCUGUACAAUGGUGAGUGUACAGAGAGGGGGUGGUUGCUGUUCUGGGGAUCCAAAGCAAACCGAAAGCAAGAGGGGCAGGGGUGGGGGCUGGCUAGCAAUUCAUAUGCGCCUAGAUACACUUUGAUAUAAUUACUACCAGCAGGCUCUUGCCAGACGCUGAAACAAAAACAAAACAGAAAAGAUGCUGCAGUUUUGAAAUCGGGGGUCCAAAUCAGUGCAGUAUUGAAAGGUUCGGUCUGCUAUCUUGAAACAAAAUGGUAUCUAAUUAUAUCCAAACAUAGAUGAAAACUUGCUUCUUGAGCUCUGGAACCAGCAUGCAAAAUUUGGAUAUGAUAUCCUAAGAGGUGCUCAGAUGCAAAGCAAUCAGACAAACAAGUUUCCAAAAUAUAUGGUACAAAAUAAUGGAAAUGCAAUACAUCUCACAACAUAUGGGGAGAUUACGACCAGGAUCUCAGUAAGCAACACCUGGAGAACAAACUGUUGAUGGCCAGUUUCAAAGGCUGAUGUGCUCUCCCCUUCUCAUGGGUUUUUUAAUCUUUAAAUUUGACAUGGACCGGUCCCAAAAGAGGACUGUCCUCUGACAGCAGUUCAAACAAAGAAACUUCCUCUGCAAAGUAGGGCCAUGGGCACUCUUAUUGCUGCCUGAAGCUCUCCCCACCUCCAAGUACUAGAUGCUGUAUUGGUUAACUCUGCAGCAAUUUGUACUUCAUUGAUUGAAAAGCCAAAGUGAUUCAACAGAGAGAACGCAAGCAUAAUUGUUCUAAAUAGGUUAUCUACAGUUUGAAAAACACUUCAGCAGCUGCAACGUCUGAUUUGCUGUUCCCCAUCCUGCAAAGAAACAUAAAGAACUAAAAGUCUGUAUGGAUGCAACAACAGAAAACAUGUCCCCAAACUAUGGGAGAUUGUCUGUGUUGCAAUUAAGACACAGUCAUUACAUACACGUAUACACCCCAAUUCCCUAAAUACUACAGUGCAUUAUUCACAAAGAUUUUCCAAACAAUGUGGUCUAGAAGCUUGCUUAAAAACAAACAAAAAACGACUUUGACCUCAUGUACCAAACAUAAACAACCUGCAAUGUUCACUUCUUUAAAACUUGUUUGGCAUUAGGUAAUUUGAUCCUAGAAGGAUGGAUGUGGUUGGGCGAGUCUUUGCAUGGAGGUCUAGAGACUGAGGUAAUUAAGCACUACAGUUUCAAUCAAAUUUCUGACAUCGCUGGGUAGAUUUUCCUCUUUCCAAGCAGUAAGGUGUGUGUGUCUGUGGAUGGCAUUUCAAGAGUAGGGGUGGGAGGGAUAGAGAAACUAGUAGGAGCCAGUGCUAAGACUGUUACGCUAAGAUCAAUUACCUGGAAGUAGAGAUGGGGGAGAAAUUUGAUUUGCUUCAAAUUUAAAGGCAAACCUACCAAAUCCACACUUUCUGAAACAAUUUGCGAACUGAAACACUGCCUCCCUUUUGAAAUUCACUAACUUUUGCAAUCCGUUUCUCCAUCUGAGUAACGUGUAGAAAAGUGCAUAUUCUAGGGUACAUGGUGGAAAUAGCAUGCAAAAAUAACACACAUAAGUGCUUUGCAGAAAUGUGUGUAUGGUAUUUGACAAAACUGCAAAACAAAAAUUGCGUAUAUUAGGAGAAAAUCACAUUAAAAUGCUGGCGGGUUCUCAUGAAGAUUUUAAGAAAAUAAUAUGAAUCCGCAAACUGGUGUGAAGUUCAGUGCAGAAGGGAAUUUAAGAUGGGUUAAUUUCAGUUUCUCAUUUUUCCAAUUCACCCAGCCCUACUUGGGAGUAAGCUCUGUUAAAUUCAGAGGGACCUAGUUCAAAAUGAUCAUGUAUCCAAACUGAGUUGGUGUCAUAGAAGAUGGGCUUGCAGGCAACAUGGCGGGGGCAGAGAAGGCUUAUCCAUGAUUGGAGUGAAUAGGGUACUCCCCUUCCAAUCUCAGUCUGCCCUCUGCCAGCCCCCACCAGCCUGCCUUCUUACUUACCCAUAACCAGUCCAGAGGGUGGUCCUGCCUGUCAGUUCUCCUCCUCCUCCUCCUCCUCCUCCUCCUCUGUCUCAGCAUUGCCCUUUACUGAACUGAGCAGAGGGACAAAACUGGAAUGAGUUUGCUCUGCCUGCCUUUGACUUUGGCUCCAUGUGCUCUUGGACUCCCUGUCUUAUGCCUUACCUGUCCCAAGGUGCACCAUCUAUCAAUGCUCCUUACCUGCUAUAUAUUGCUGCAGACAUCGGAGGAGGCACUUCUUAGAUAGGAAGCUGCCUUAUACAGAGUCAGACCAUUGGAUAAUCUAGUAUUGCUUGUGGUAGUGACUGUCUGAGAUUUCACACCGUGAGUCUUUCUGUGCCCUACCCGGAGAUGCCAGGGAUUGAACCUGAGACCUUCUGCAUGCAAGGCAGGUGCUCUACUACUGAGCUACGAGGUAGAAGAUCAGCUCAGUGGUGACACGUAGCAGAGCUUUAACUGAGCAGCCCACAUGGCUGGGAACUUCCUUCCAGUGGAUAUAAUACAGGAGCCUUUAAGGAUCAUACAAAAUCUUUGGGGAUUUUGGUUGCUAUGAAAUACAUUUUUAUUUCACCUGGCCUCCCCAGAAGGAUAAUCCAAGCCUGGUCACUGUUAAUUUUGGAGCACUUUAAUGUUAUUUUAAUAGGUUUUUUGCUUGGUUUUCUUAAUAUAUUGCAUUGUAUUUAUUUCUAUCCUGUACAUCUCUCAUUAGAGGUUCUUUUGAACAUAAAGCCAUUAAGAAAUAAUGCUGUGAACUGCCUUGCGAUCUAGAGAUGAAAGGCAGUAUACAAAUUUUAUAAAGAAAUAAAUGAAACAAAAAGAAAUAUUCUAAGAUAAAGAAUGAAAUCAGAUAAAUGCAUUGCAUCCUCCUGACUAAAACAUGUCUUCCCUGUGCUGUCUCAUUCCAGCUAUCACCCACAAAAGAGUCCAUGGAUGGGUUGAGAUGGUGGCCUUGUGGCUCCCCAUAGGCAGCGGCUUCCUCAACUGCUUUGUCUACUUCUGGACCAACAGGAGCUUCCGGCACAAGUUCCAGAAGAUCGGGCAUAAGCUGUGCUGGCCCUGCUAUAAGGCCACAGAGGACCAACGGUGGCAGCGGCAGCAGCAACAGCAGCAGGAGCUCCCUACCGUCAGUGCGGCCGUGAGCAGCAUAACCUCCCCCUAA